AUGACCUCAAACUUAUCUGGAAAAGUAGUUCUGAUAACCGGAGCAUCGGCUGGUAUCGGAGCUGCGACUGCCCUUGAAUUUGCCAAACAUGGAUCGAAUCUCAUAUCCUUUAUUCUAAUUAAAACACUGCACUACUUGCUUCGUAGAGUCGCUAAUCCGACAGCAAAAGUCUGUGUGCGUGUAGUAGACGUUCAAAACAAGAAGGAAAUCGACAACGCAAUUAAUGGGCUGCCCGACGAGUUUAAAGAUAUUGAUAUUCUGGUUAACAAUGCUGGAUUGGCAAUUGGAUUUGAUCCACUGGAGAAGAACUCUGAAAACGCUGUCCAACAAGUUAUUGGCACCAACGUUAACGGUUACAUUUACAUGAUACAGGCUGUAUUGCCCCGGAUGAAAGAGCGUAACUCGGGAGAUAUAAUAAAUGUUGGGAGUAUAUCAGGCUUCCAGACACAUCGACACGGAAAUGCUUUGUACGCUGCAUCGAAACAUGCUGUCGAAGGCAUUACAACAUCCAUUCGUAAAGAACUUGUUGCUACUAAGAUACGCGCAAUUUUAAUCAGACCAGGUGCGGUUCGUACUGAUUUUACCUUAAACAGAGUGCCCGAGCUAGGUCCAGAAUUCGUGGAUACAUAUUACGCCGGAUUUGAACCCCUCGUUGCUCAGGAUAUUGCUGAUUGUAUUAUAUAUGCAGCCUCGAGACCAACAAACGUCGUCAUUUCUGAACUGACAGUUCUGCCUAAUGCACAAGCGGACAUUGCUCUAGUCCACCGAGAGGGUGCAAAAGGUCCAGUUUAA